UAACAUUAGGUACAUUAAGACUUUCAUGAAGCAUGUUAUAUUGUAUACACCGAUCUGACCGGUGAAGUGAAUAACACUGAUGAUCUCCUCAUCAUGGUACUGUUAGUGGGUGGGAUAUAUUAGGCAGCAAGUCAACAUUUUUUCCGAUGUGUUAGAAGCAGGAAAAAUGGACAAGCGUAAGGAUUUGAGCGAGUUUGACGAAGGGUCAAAUUGUGAUGGCUAGACCACUGGAUCAGAGCAUCUCCAAAACUGCAGCUCUUGUGGGGUGUUCCCAGUCUGCAGUGGUCAGUAUCUAUCAAAAGUAUCCUGUAAGUCCUGCCAGACACAACAGCACACCUUCAGGGAUCUAGUGGAAUCCAUGACUCGAUGGAUGGACCCGAUGGAAUCCAUGACUCAGGGCUGUUUUGGCAGCAAAAGGGGGACCAACACAAUAUUAGAAAAGAAAGUAAGAAAGGAAAUAAAAGAAAGAAAGAAAGUUCCAUUACAAUCAUUACAUUCAGACUGAGCUAAGCUUGUAUGUCAACACUUGGCAAAAUUUCUUUUAAAGUAAAUAUUUUAUUAUUGGCUCAGGUCAGGGAAUCAAAACAGUGCAGAAUCUUGGCUUCAUGCUAAUUUGUGGCAUGUGAGUCUGACCAAGAGCUCAUUAUAAGUCCAGUGCUUUAGACACAAUGUGUUCCCAUCUGACAUGUAUUUAUUUUAAAAAUCAGGUUGUAUUGUAACAGAGUGAAAUUAUCUAAAUUACUCUAUUACAUAAAGGACUGAAGAGAAGCAUGAGGCUGAAAUAUUGUAGAAAAAAGGUCAUUUGAUCCAAAUGAAUUUCAGAAAGAGAAAGAAAGAACAAAAGGAAGAAAGACAGACGGAGAUUUCAGUCUCAGAAUCAGAAAAGAGGAAUCCUACCAGUUCUUUAAUAUAAUAAUAAUACAGUUUUCACUCAGCCUGCAGAGUUGGUAUUAUAUUUAAUUGCCGUUGCUGACAACCUUUCCACUGUAAUGUCAAAUGAGGCACUGGGUUGGAUGGAUUAAUGAUGCAGGUAUUCAGAGAAAAUCCCGGUAUAAAAACCUCAAGGUCUUCGCACUUAAAGCAGAAAAACAUUUCUCUCUGCUCUGUUCUGAAACACCAGUUUAGUCUUUCUCUUUCCACACAACUUAUCUAGCUUUUGCCCUAGCUCCCUUUCAACAGUGGCAUUAUCAUAAAAAGCCAAGAAUUACUCAUGAACUGCAGAGGAAGACUCUCUAACACGCUUAGGAUCCUGAAUAUGUCUUUAAUAGACUGACUCACUCACCUGUGCUGACAUGUUUAUCAGGACCACAGGAACAGGAUCACUGGAUCAGACAGGUGAUGAUGCUGAUGUCUUACGCCGAUUAUCCCCAGGAAUAUUACUGGAUGAUCAAAAAUACUGGAGACUCAACAGAUGUAAAAUGUCUGAAUAAUGAGAAGAAUAAGAGUUUUUAAUGUGUGCAAGGAAGGAAGGGAGGGAG